ACAUGUACGGAAAAAAUAAUAAACAAUUUGGGGGCGGUGAAAUUGGUGGUUGAACGGGUUUUGAAAGUGUAUUGUGAUCAAAGAUUGAGACUUUGCUCUCAUGUGGGUAAAUAUUAACAAUGAAAAUCACGUUAAAAAAGAGCUUGACAGACGCCGUAACUUACGACUGGUACAGGUGCGUCAGCAGUCCAAGGACAUCGCGAGGAAGGUGAGACAGAAGACGGAGGAGGAGAGGAGCAGGCAGCUGAGCCUAUUGGAAAAAGAGCGACUGGGGCAGCAGCAGCGGAGGAAGGCUCAGGAGCUGGCGUACCUGCAGAAGAAGUACCAGCGCUGCUUGCACGAGAUCGGCACGAGCCACGACAUUGCUGCUGCCGAGCCGGAUGCAGGCGCCGUGCUGGAGGCGCGGAGGCGCGAGGACGCGCGCACGGCCGCAGAGCGCAGUCGCACGGCCCUGGAGAGGCUGCAGCGUCAGCAGCGGGCGGAGAGGAAGCGUGCGCAGCUGGGGAGUCUGCGACAACAGUACCUGCGUGCCGUGGAGGAGUUCCGUGCAUCUCUGGUGCAGAGCGCAGAUGUCCGUAGGAAGGACAAGCAGCCCUUGGCCGAGGUGUCUCUGAACAUCCAGCCGACGGCCGAGGCGUCCCGCGUGAUGGCCCUGGGUCCAGGCCCCGCUCCCUGCAGCUGCGCUACGGCGCGGCUGUGCGACUGCCUGGACGAGCCGAGCUGCUCAUCGCUGUUCGCGCUGGACUCCAGGGUCUCGCUAGUGCCACCGGAAGUGACGGGUUCCCACCUGACAGCCCCUCCGCCACCAACCAACUCCAUCGGCGGCGUCCUCGAACCACCCAGUUCCCGGCCAGCAGAUCCCGUCACUGCACGGAACCAGGACAGGACAACGGUGGAGUCCUCGGAGCUCUCAAGCAGCCGGCAUGCCAAGAUGACCACCGCUGGCAGCAGUGGACAGCAUAGCACCGACCACAAGGUGCAGUUUUACGACUACACGUCGCGCUUCGAGAAGACAGCAGAGGCUCGCUACACAGUGCGCAGGCACGACCCCUCUGAGGAGGGCAGGGGCAGCGCGGUGGCCGCAGCCCAGCGGGAGGCGGACUGCCGGCUCGGCCAGGCUGCCCGCGAGGAGCUGUGCUGCCGGCAGCAGGAGCGGUGUCGACUGGCCCUGGCGCGCGAGCGGCUGCGCGGCGACUACCAGCACCUGCUGCAACAGCUGCCUGCCCUGGCGCACCUCGAAGCCACCCGCCCCCCGGUGAAGGUGCACCUGGCUGACGACCGCAGGAAGCACAAGGACGCGGUGCGGCAGAGCAACAUGGCGUCUGUGUUCGAGAAGCUGCAUCAUGCCUUCAUAGAACUGGACAAGCCUCCAACUCCCUCCCCGCGUGGAGUUUCCGUGACUGCGUCCCCACGGCACAGCGAUGACGAGACUCCGCCCAAACUGAACGUCGGUGUGUGCGCCGACUCGAGAGAGGGAGGCUUGGAGGCCGCGCUGGAGACCCUCCGAGCACGCUUGGAGCAGCAGCGCGCCCUGCUGCGCAGCCACGCGGUCCAUCAGCCAGCCAGCUCGGAACAGAACAUGAGUAGGAAGGUCGGCCAGCAAGGGAGAGUAAUGACUUUACCUGAAGAAGAUGGUCAGGCAAACAAGCAGUCCGUAAGUUCCAAUGAAAAUUAUAUUAAAUUUCAAGUAGAUAGUAGGUCGAAGGGCAAGAUUCAAGAAAUUAUACAAGGUAGUUCUAAGAGUGAAAACCAGGAUUAUAAACAAAAAUGCAGUUCUAAGGAUAGAAAGAAAGAAGGUAAACAUGAAGGUAGAUCAAAAAUUACAAACAUUGAAGGAACUUCAAAGGAUAGGAACCAAGGGAUUAAACGCGAAGGCAGAUCAAAGGAUACGAAACAAGCAUGUAAACAAGAAAGUAGUUUGAAGCAUAUCCUAGAAAGUAAAUGUGAUAAAAGGUUGAGGGAAAGAAAUUUAGAAGGCUUGUCAGAAGAUGAGUUGGGGGAUAAGAACAAAGAAAGCAGACAUGAAGGUACUCGGAAGGAAAGGAAUCGCAGAAUAAAGCGUGUUAUAUCAAAGGAAAAGGAGCACAAAGAUGGACAGUCUGGCAGGUUGAGGGAUGGGGAAAGAGAAGACUGGCAGAAACGAGAAAGCACCCUGGAAGACAGAUAUAGGGAGAGCAGUGAAGGCAGUGAAGUCACUGUGGUGGGUGAGUACAGUCUGGAUGUAUCGACGUCGAAGCGUGCCGAAGUGGCCACCAACAGCGCAAGCAGCAGUGAAAAGUCGAGCUCCAACUCCCUGUGCGUGUACGAAGACAUGAAGCUCAAGCUGAACGUGAAGGAAGUCGUCAGGAGUCCCGUGAGAGCGGGCCACCGGCCGCAGAGGUGGAAGCACGUCUGCAAGAACAGUGUUAACGUGAGGCGUUGUAGAAAGAAGUUGUCCAUGGUGGAGGAAGGAACCCAGACAAUCACCGACCUCGGAGAAGGAGUGGAGGGGAUGGUGAUGGAGAGCUCGGGCAGCACUGCGUACUUGAGCCCUCCGCAGCACCUGUCCAGCGAACAGACGGAGGCCAUUGACCAGCUCCUGCACGCGGUGGGGCACCACAGAGAGCAAGUGGAGGACCUCAUCGCUGAAGGUGGAAGGGAGAACAACCCAGUGCUCAUGCUGUACAUCGCCCGACUGCUGUCCAUGAGUCGCGCUAGUGUCGAGAACCUGAGUGUCGUCUCCAGUCCGACUCCACAGAACACACGCUGCGAUUGCCUGGGAUGCAACGUCGACCAGAAUGAACACGAGCAAGCAGCUCCUUCGCAACCGCCUCCAGUCGCAUGUCCACAGACCACUCUGCCUGUCUCUCAUCCUGACAUGAACACUUGUACUCAGAGUUAUACUUCUGAUACUUAUCUGCAAUGCUCUCAGGGCUUUGCUUCCCAUACCAACCCUAGGGUAAAUCUUCACUCCUCCUCAUCUUCAAACAAUGCCUUUUGCCCCGAGGGUUCCUUGCAUCCAUCUUGUGCAGGCUCACACACACAUGUUACCUCUACAAUUUGCGAACCCAAAAUGUACAGCAUGCCUUUUGACAAGUUCACUGAUUCACUUAUCUUUCCACAAGGAAUUGGCACACCUGUCUCGUUUCCUGUGCAGGAGUCAUUUGAAGCUCGUAACUAUGAAGAGAAUUGUGAAUCAUCUUUGCAAAACCAUUACUUCAGCACCAGCUUAUUGGACAUUCCUUUGGGUACAGAUUAUACCAAACACAGCUCGGCCGACAGGAGCAAGUUUGAAAACAGCAUGGAGAGAGGCCACACCAUAUCAAGUCAGUGCGCAAAGAUCUCUAACAUUUCUGCGCAGAUUGAGUCAGUCAGAGAAGAGCACAAGCUGCUGGAAAGCUCAAACCUAAACCAUGACAUAACCACGGUGUGCUCACCUGUGUUUGUGCCUACACCCCAUUCUCCCAUGGGCACGAGCAUGAUGGAACCAAGUCCCAACACUUGGAGGGCGGCCUUGGCUGGCGAGGUAGCGACGCAGCAGCAAGACCGCCAGCCGCGACAGAAGCCACCAUCUGCCCUGGACCGCAACAGACUGCUGGCUAGGUGGAAUGACCACGAGUUGUCCACCAUCGUGGAAGUGGACACCCCUCAGACGUCUCGAGUGCUUGCCACGACGGCAGACCGGCGGGAGAGCGUCGGCUCCGAGGACACGCUGCCGGACGUCGCGGCCGAGCUGAUGAGGCGUGGGCUCGUGACCAGGUCCUUCUGGCAGGAUGCGUGCGAGGAGCCCGAGUGUGAACAGGCCCUGAGCUGGGCAGGCUCGACGCUGCACAAGGUGCGGCUCGGCUCCUCCUCCCCCAGCCCGCGCGGCCGCUCCACCCCGCUGGCCAACCCGGUGCCCCCCGUGUGCUUCCCGAGCGAGUCGGACGUAUCGACUGUGCACCCGAGUUCCGAGACCAACACCUGAUGUUCAGGAUUCAGGCAUCUAGUACCUGGAAUAUUAACUGCUAGUCAUAUAUGUUCAAAGAACAUUCUACUGUGGCAAUAACAAUUUUGAACUUUUUUGUGAUGCGAAUGCAUAAUAAAGUGUUGUGUUUGAAGAAUUGUCCAGUAUCUGGACUAUAUGUAAUACAUUUUACUUUUUUUUUUUUAUAUAACUAAACAAUCAAUUUUUUAUUACCUUAAAUAAACUCAAAUAAAUUUCUGUUCUCUGUAAACAGUUAACUUUGAACGUCUGACUAUUUGCAGUUGCUUGUUUUUAAGUCAGCUAUUUAAUUUAUGGCAUUAAUUCAGUAUCAAUUUAUUUUUUUUUUUAAUUUUGUUCUUGUCAUGUAUAAACUUUUCGUAGCGAUAAAUACAAAUCAACAAAAUUUCUUUGAAACAAUAAAUUACAGAUACUAUAACAUCAACGGUACAUAUUGUUUGUGUUUGGCUGAUGAC